AAAAAACUCUUGCUGGCGGUUUACCAACUGUCGCCCAAAAGAACUUUCCCUUUUACGUAUUUGAAGACGAAUUAUUGACAAGCAACUAAUCUUCCCUAUCCCAACCUGCUUUUCCACACAUAGUACUAUCUAUUUCCAAACAAAAUUAUUUUUCUGUAGAUCUUUAUUACUGUGAGUUUAACUUAACAUUUACAUUAACUUUACAAUUUUAAUUAUGUUCUUCACGAUGACCAUGACCUCUCGCAGCUCUCGUCGCGGCAUUGCCAUGUUGCUGAGGGUCGCUGCUCUACUGCAGCUUUUGGAACUCGGACAGACGUCCGGGGUCGUGGCUCGUUCUUCACGAGGACUGGGACCUCAUCGUCCUGGUAGCUCCACGGAUGAUCGUCCUGGUCGUGAUGAUCGUCGUGAAGCUGCCGGGCUCGGAUUUGGCUUUCGGUCGGACGAGAGGAGCAACCUGUACCUGCGUCAGUCCCUCCUGCAUCCCGCUCAAACACCCGACCGAAAGCAGCACUUCCCUCAUAACCAUAUUGAAGAGCAUCAUCGAGGAGAAGGGCUGCAGCAACCUCCUGUUGUUGGUCAAGUUGAGCGUUUGGAAUUUGCGGGACAAGAAUUUCUGCAAACAAUUCACGGCACCUCUAUCAAAUGCAAGCGUGUUCUGGUCUCGGUCUGGAGGGUCGAUUCCGAGUUUUAUUGUCAUGCAGAUUUAUUUUCGUCCAAGGUCUAGUUCCUGAUCCUGCUCCACCACGUCUGGAUCUGGAAUGCCGGGCCUAGCAUCACAAGCUCUGCUUGCAGCCUCUAGGUGAUGAUGCCUUCCUAUGAUUCUGCAUGAGCCAAUGCAGCAUGGCCAGAAGUGGCCCCCUUUAGUUAUUUUUUGCAAGUGGUCAUACGUCCAUGCAACUAGAUGUUUAUAUGAUCCGGAACACGCAUGACAAGUUCGUAUCCUUCCAGACACGCCCCAGGGACGAUAUUUGCAAUGGAUAGGCACCGCCACCGCUUCUGACGUCGUCAACUACAGGCCGCCCAGAACUACAACCUCUAGUACGGAGGGCCGUGGUCGUGGUACAACCGGAGGAAGGCGGUCGUGGCGGCAACGCUUAAUGCCCUGUCUUGAUAGAAGUAGAAGCUCAGAAGAUGCAAGUGAUUAUCCGCACGGGCCGGCGAGUUGGGACAUCACUUCUGCACAUCACGAAAGGCAAGUACAACUAGAUCGAGCUGCCACCCUAUCGUCCCCUUACACUGCUUUUCUGGCUCGUCCUGCUUCUGGGACCCCCACCCCGCUUGAUCAUCGUCGUCGCAGUGCUUUUGAGCUACGACUAGAAAGAACGGUAGCCGACGCGACAAUCUUUGAGGAUGACGCGGAAGCCUUUGAAUAUCUCGUGCUGCGAAGGCUGCUCGCCAAAUACGCCUAUGCUAUCGGGUAUCGAAUGCAAACAUAAAUAAAAAUGUUGGGUCUGGUGGAGACCCUGGGUCUGUGCUGGUGUGGUCCUCUGGUGGAAAUAAGUGGUUGUAACGACGCUCCUGCUAGGCUGCACAACUGUUCACGAUGAUGGAGUUUUGCACUACGCAGUCAAUGGCAUGACAACUUUUUGUGUCGCGUUAUUUUUUUCCGUAUCUUUAAUGCCACAUUAUGGGAGACUACUCCUGCGGUUUCAUAAUGACAGGGAGGCGGCUCUCUGUCUUUUACUUUUUGUACACCGACCUGGCAGCUGCAUGAUCUUCACAUACCUCAGAGUCAUACCAGACAAGCAUGACAAACCUUAUCGCACUCAUCUGCCAGGCCCAGACAUGAUUUGCAAAGCAUAUCGGGCAAAACGAGGCGCUAUCCCGGGUGGCGAAACGAGAGGAGGAGAACAGGACGUUUUCUAGUCCCGAAAGCGUCUCUUUCUCGAGAAACAAAAUCGCGGGCACGAGCAACUAUAAGCUUGUUGGAACGUACGACACUGCUUUUCGGCGGUACAUAUGCAUCGCAAAGAUGUCUUGGUCUGGAACAAGGCUGCGAACUUGUGAUGCGUUUUGCGGAUCACACAAAAAUCUGUAUUGCAUGGCUUGCAAAAGGCGCUUUUCUCUGGGCAUGCUGAUAGGGCAUUUCUCGUGCAGAAAAGACAUUACCAAGGGGCUGCAGAACCUGUGACGCUAGGCCCUGCAUUCCAGACCUGGCGGAGCUUGGAAAAAAUGCAUGACAAAGCUCGGAAUCUUCCGGACCCAGACAUUAUAUUUGCAUUGGAUAGUACUACACGAAAUUCGACAAUCAGUACUCGACGUGGUUCAAGCGGAACUACGGUCCACGAAGAUCUUAUCACAUGCAAAAAUGUCUUGGUCUGGAGGAAUGCAACUUGUGAUGCUGUUUUUGGAUGCUAAAAAAAUUUGUAUUGCAUGACGAGCAGCAAAGAGAAUGUGACUUUUGCUACGCGGAUGCUGAAGGGGCAUUUGUCAUGCAGAAUAGGCAUCAAGAAAAAGAAUCCCUCAAAAAAUCUGUGAUGUUACGGCAUGCACCGCAGACAUCAUGGCUCAUGCAAAACGUGCAUGACACCAGACUCAGACAUUGUUGCAGUUGAUAGAUCUUUCCGUGACCUGCAGGGGGUCGCGAGGAAAACUUUCCUGAAGGCGGCUACAAAGAUCCUCAAUUCGGCUACAGCGAUCCGGGACCACCCCGAGGAGCGGGCGGGAGCGCAGCCGCAAAGUAGCCACAUGAGUGAGAAGGACAUGGAAUUGCAGAAAGCCCGCGCGGACUUCCUAGAAGCCUUCGAGUUUUACUUAGUGGGGGAGUACCUCACGUAUGUCCAUGUCGUGCAGCAGCAGGAGAAGGAGCGAGGACGGGCCGCACUACGUGGAGCCGUCCGACGACCGAGUGCGGGGAUAAUUUCGCGCGACCCCGCCGCCUUUGAAGUCAGGGCCGUUGAGUUCGCGAUGGAUAGCAAAGCGACCUGGGUGAGGGGCUUGUGUACAGGGGCGGCGGACAAGGAGGGCGGGUUGCCUGCUUCUAGUCGUAGUUCACCGAGCGUGUUGCUACCAACUGCAAAUAUAAAAAGUCGGGGUCCUCAGCGGGAUAAAACUAAAAGCACGACGAAGUUCUUGUCAUGUGGAGUCUAUUCUUGCAUGACAGGUCUAAAUAAAACUCCUUUUGGUACGGAAUAACCGCAAUAUGAAAUAACGCAUGACCGUAACAAGUUUCUAAGCCCGGUUGUAGUUGCGGACUCACUCGUGAAAAGAAGUCGCAUUCCGGAGAAUUGCCGCUCAGCACGAGGACAAAAAGGUACUCAGAAAAAGUAAGUAUUUUCACGCAGCACAACGACCGAUUGCAGUCUUAUAGUCAUACGAAUCCUGCAUCACAAAUCCAGCUAACCCAGAUCGAGGACGAUAUUUGCAAUGCAUAGCUGCAACAGGUGUUCGAAGAAGAGGCGACCGAGGUGCGUACACGUGGCGCUUUGCAACUCGGCUUCGCCAAGGCUAUGGCGCGGCUGAAGGGGACCUUGAAAAUCCGGGAAAAUCUCGUCCCGACAAAUAUCAAUUGGGGGGAGGUCGAAGUUAGAGCCGCCCUGUAAAAAUUCCGCGAUGGUCGUCUAACAUGCCAUGAUGCGAAGUAGACCUUCGUGCAGAUGCCGUCCGUGCAGACGAACAAUUUCGACGCACUUGAACGAGGGAACAAGCAAUUCUUGCGUCUCGUCGGGAGGUGGAAUAAAAUCAAAAAGAGUCGUGAGAAAUAAACUACACUUGUCCUACUGAUCCAACCUGUAGCUUUAAAAAAGUAUAAUCAUGCUGUUGAAUGUAGGUGCAAGAGUUAGCUCUAAAAAUGUAUAAUCAUGCUCUAGAAGGAGGUGCAAGAGUUUGCACGACAGCGUUUGAAAUGACGGAAGCUGCUUGUAGAAACGCCAGUUUAAAGUAAGUAUCUCUUCAUUGUAAAAACGCCGUCUGUCAUCUCUGUCACGUGGCGACGGCUUUGGCGGAUCUUUGUCAUUCGCUGAAAACUUACGAUGGGUUGAUCGGUGGAUAGGGAUUGGUCUUUGAUCUCUUGAACACUAAGGGCGGACAGGUGUUUUAUUGAAAGAGGGAGAUAAGUAUUUUGUAUAAUUGUACUAGAUACGAAGAAAAUUAUAGUCUUGGGACAGACGAGAACUCCUCCGUGAAGCAUCAAUUCUUGAUUUUCACGAUCACGUACACCAUUGUCAGCGUAUGCACAUUGUCCAGCGAGAAAGUGCUCAACACUCGACCCAGAAUGGUGGUAAAUCACCAAAAACUGUCAGAUCUCAAGACAACAACGAAACAAGAAAACAAGAAAACAAAGAGAGAAGACAAUGCAUAUAUAUAAAAAUGUGACAAUCAGCAGUACAAAGCAAAUGGAAUGUUACAGAUGUGCUACAUGUGUGAAGAUGAAUGCGAUUCCUCAAAGCCCCCGUGUCGUACUCCGCAGUCCUUGAGUCAUACGAAUUACGCAUGAUGCGCUAUAGAUUUCCAACCACAU